ACCUCGUUAUCAGUUACUGUUAUCUGAGAAUCUAAUAUUGUAGAUAAGAUUAGGUGGAAAGGAACGAGAAGUUAUCCCUCAGCAACUCAGUCGCACGUAAAUUCCCUCCACUGUGUUAAGGAACGACCCGAGAAUGGCGUCUGGACGCAGCCAUCUCCUGGACCUGGUCAGGGCGGGCGACGCAGAGGCGCUGCAGUCGGGCCUCGCCUCCCUCGGCCCGCGCGCUACAAAGGACUUCUUCGCUGAGAAGCCGUUGCAUGUUGCUGCUGAAGAGGGCCACGACGAAGUAGUGAAGAUGCUAAUCUCUGCGGGAGUUGACGUUAACGGCAAAAAUGACAAGGGUUGGACUCCAUUGCAUAGAGCUGCCUAUAGCGGCCACAGCUCGGUGGUGACGGUGCUUGUGACCCGAGGGGCAACUGUGAACGGCAAUAGUAAUCGUGGUAAGUUUUUUGGUGGCAGUUGAUUCAGGAAGAGUGGAGUUCGUUUUGCAUCAAUAUUGAGUGUUAAAUGGGUUCUUGCACUUGCGAUGGCUUAGGUCGAGGGAAGAAAGGAGUUAGUAUUUGAUUGUUUACAGGAAGGAACUCUACACUUAAAAUUUCUGCGUGUUAAAUUGAAUGUAAAAAAGAAGAGUGGGUGAAUAGAUGAAGGGGAUAUAGAGAGAUUAGGGAGAUAGGAACAUUUUCGAGUGAAUAGAGAGACACGGAAGAGGAAAAGAAUGAAGAAAAUAGAAAGGGAUGAAAUAUACUGUGCAAUCUUCUGGGAAUCUCAAAGGUAUUCCAAGAAAGAUCUUUUUCAUUCAUAGCAAGUCCAUAUAUUGCAAAUGCUGUUGAUUAUGAUGUGCGCAUGUCUAGCUUCUUUCCUAUGAGCAAGACAGGACUGAGUUCUUGCAAUAACUCGCUUUAACACUUGCAGGGCUUGGAUAAUCGAGGCCAGGAUAAACAUUAAAUGGGAGAGUAGGCAAAUCAUUGACGCUUUGCAAAAAAAUUAUGGGGACACUGCCCCAAAGAAAUCAGUAACCUACAAAUGGAUAAUUCGGUUCACAAGUGGAUAAAACGAAAUUGAAGAUGAGCCCACAGCGACAGGCCAUUAACAUCAGUUUGUGAGGAAAACAUUGAUACUGUUCACGAUAUGACUGAAAAGGAUAGACGAAUACCCACUGAAUCAGUAGCAGACACACUCAACAUCUCUGUGGGUUCUGCACACACAAUUCUGGUGGAGAGUUUGGAGCAAAGCAAGGUUUUCGCUCGAUGGGUCCCUAGGCUCUUGUGCCCAGAUCAGCAGCAAAGGUAUAUCUUUCACUGGAAAUUGUGAACAAAGCUUUUCUGCAGAGAACUGUGACAGGGGAUGAAACAUAGUGCUACCCGUACAAGCCCGAGGACAAAAUUCAAAUCAAAGCAGUGGCUGCCCAGGAAUGGAAGUGGACCGUCAAAGCAAAAUCUGAGCGUUCAAGAGGAAAGGUCAUGGCCACGGUCUUAUGGAGUACAAAGGAAAUUUGCUGGUUGACUUCCUCGAGAGCAAGAAAACAAUUACAUCUGCGUAUUAUGAAUGCGUUUUGAGAAAACUGUCAAAA